GAGUAUGUAUAGGUGAUGCUUUCCUAUUUAAGAGACGGAGAAGUUGUUGAUUCAUUGAAGAAAAAAAUGAAGAGUGUGAGAGUGUGUUUCCUCAUUUUCCUUUUAUUGGAAACAAUGUGCUGUGAAGGAUGUUGGAAAGAAGAGAAACAAGCACUUUUGGGUCUACGUUUAGAUGAUUUUUUCAUCCCUCGGAACGUCGACACAGAUUGCUGUGAAUGGUAUGUCUGCAACUCCUCCACAGGGAGAGUGGCCCAACUCGAUCUUUUCAAUGUCUGGUGGAAGUCAACAGAACAAUAUAUUAAUUACUCGGAUUUUUCUGUCUUCAAAGAUUUGAAGAACCUCUCCUUGUCAUAUAACAAUAUAGUUGGUUGUGUUGGGGAUGCAGAGUUGCCAAAUCUCGAACUCCUUGACAUGUCUGAUAACAAGCUGGAUACUGCUGCCAGUAUUAUAUCUUGUUUGGAUGGCCUUCCAUCUCUUAAGUAUCUUUAUUUAGGGGAUAACAGGUUCAAUACAUCUUCAUUAAACCACGUUUUUGAAAGUGUACCAAAGCUGCGUAGUAAUCUGAAGGCCCUUGACAUAAGGGCGAACUAUUUGACUAAUGACAUCUUGCCAUCCCUUGAGGGAUUCACAUCUUUAAAGGAACUGUAUUUGAGUAGAACUGAAUUGGACUCGGAUCUUCACUUUAAAGUUUUUGAAAGUCUGUCACGAAAGCUGCGUAGUCUGGAGGUCCUUGACAUAAGUGAGAACCAUUUGACUAAUGACAUCUUGCCAUAUCUGGAGGGAUUCACAUCUUUAAAGAAACUUUAUUUGGAUGCUAAUGAAUUGGACUCGGAUCUUCUUCACUUUGAAGGUUUAUGGUCAAAAUUGAGGAAUCUUGAGGUCCUUGACUUGUCCUAUAACAACUUCAACCAAACUGAUAUUGGCUAUGCUCUUAGUGGACUCUCAUCCCUCAACUCUUUAUAUUUAACAUACAGUGGAUUGAGUUGGAGAUCAAUUUACAAUAUAUCAAAAUUGAGUUCUUUGGAGAACCUUUUCUUAUAUGGGAACGACUUGAAGGUGUCUGAAAGUAUAUUGUGGGGUUCAGAGAAUGAGACAUUUAAAUGGCCAACCAAUUUACGACAUCUAGACUUGAGUUUAAACUGUUUGAGCAACAAAUCUCUUUCAUCUCUGAAUGACCUUCCACAUCUCCAAUAUCUUGAUUUAAGCUACAAUCAAUUAGAAGGAGCUGUAGAUAUAAGCGAGAAUGAGACAUUUAAAUGGCCAAUCAAUUUACAAUAUCUAUACUUGAGUUCAAACCGUUUGAGCAACAAAUCUCUUUCAUCUCUGAAUGACCUUCCACAUCUCCAAUAUCUUGAUUUAAGUCAAAAUCAAUUAGAAGGAGCACUAGAUAUAAGAGAGAAUGAGACAUUUAAAUGGCCAACCAAUUUACAACAUCUAGACUUGAGAUUUAACAGAUUGAGUAACAGAUUUCUUUUAUCUCUGAUGGGCCUUCCACAUCUCCAGUUUCUUGAUUUAAGCGACAAUCAAUUAGAAGGAGCUCUAGAUAUAAGCGGAUUAUCAACUUCAUCCAAUUUGACGAAUCUGUAUCUAAGCCAUAAUAAUAUCCAUAAUUUUGUUACCCAUCAAGGCUUAAAAGGUCUCAGUAGAUUGUAUCUCCUUGACUUAGAUGAGAAUAUGAUAGCUGGAAACAAACUAAGAGAGUCAUUACGAGCUUUAUCAUCAUCCAUUAGAAAGCUUUCUAUAUCUUACAAUAACUUCAAAGGAACAAUUUUAGCUGAAGAUUUUCAUGAUUUAAGUAACCUAGAAAGUUUGACAUUGGAUGGAAAUAAUAACAUGGAGAAUGAAUUUUUCGAAAGUAUUGGAAACUUGACAUCCUUGAAAGCUUUGUCUCUUGCACACUGUCAUAUAAAUGACACCCUUCCUGAAGCUGAUUGGUCUAAGAUGAAGAAGUUAGAAGAAUUAUAUCUAAUAGACAAUGGAUUUGAAGGAUCUCUUCCCAAUUCUUUUGCUAACAUGACAUCUCUUCGGAUAUUGGAACUUUCUCAAAAUAACUUCAUUGGAAGGUUUGAUUCUAACAUUGCAACACUUACAUCACUUGAAGAAUUUGGUUUCGAAGAAAACCAAUUUGAAGUUUCUAUUUCUUUUUCGUCAUUUGCCAAUCAUUCAAACCUUAAAGUCAUCUGGGGUAAAGGCAAUAAAAUCAUAGUGGACUCACAACAUAAUUUGCGCACUUGGAUUCCAAAAUUUCAAUUAAGUGAACUUAGCUUGUCUUCAAAAAUUGAGACUAGCUCUUUUCGGCUCCCCAGAUUUCUUCUUUAUCAAAAAGAGUUAGUUACAAUAGAUUUUAGUAGUUUGAAGUUGGAAGGAAGGUUUCCUCAUUGGUUGUUAGAAAACAACACAAAAUUGACUGAAGUAACUUUCAGAAAUUGUUCUAUGACUGGUACUAUGCAAUUACCAUUGCAUCCCCUUCUUGAGUUGGAGAGCAUUGAUGUGUCUAGCAAUACCAUAAUUGGUGAAAUUCCAAGUAAGAAUAUCAGUUCAAUUUAUCCAAAUUUGAAAAAUCUAAACAUGUCUAGAAAUCACAUCCAAGGUUCAAUUCCGCGUGAGUUUGGCCAAAUGAAAUAUUUGUCUGAGUUGGAUCUUUCAAACAACCAAUUGUCUGGAGAAAUAUCAGAUGACAUAUUUGAAGCUGCACAACAACUCGUUUUGUUGAUACUUUCAAAUAAUACGCUCGAGGGGCCCAUCUUUACAAUACCCGCUAAUUUAGGGUCUUUAUCAUUAAAUGAUAAUAAAUUUAGUGGUAAACUUCCAAGCAAUAUUUUUAACACAUCCAUCAUUUUUUUGGACGUCAGCAAUAAUCAUUUGGUAGGAGACAUUCCAAGCAUGUUAACAAAUUUUUCAAGUUUAUCGGAACUUCGUAUGUCCAAUAACCACUUUGAAGGGUCCAUUCCAUUACAAUUGACACAACAACUUGGAGAUCUAAGAUAUUUAGAUAUCUCCCAAAAUAAUUUGACUGGUCUUGUACCAUCAUUUCUAAAUUCUUCUGUGAAAUUUAUCCAUUUGAGCAAUAAUCGUUUAACAGGAUUGUCCAAAAAGAUGUUCAAUGGAAACUCUCCUUUAGUGAUGUUAGACCUUAGCUACAAUGAAAUAUCUGGCAACAUUCAAGAUAUGAUGCAAGACCUUAGUUAUACAAAGUUGAAUUUUCUCCUUUUAAAAGGUAAUCACAUCAGUGGGGAUAUACCUAAGCAAUUAUGUCAGUUGAUAAAUUUAACCAUGUUGGAUCUUUCAGACAAUAAAUUGUUUGGAGAAAUUCCCCAUUGCUUGGGGACAAUGCCUUUUGAUAAUAAGAACCUUGAUCCAUCAUUGAAAGCAUCAAAGGGAAGCUUCGUUGUUGAAGAAUAUAGUGAAGCACCAUUACCAUCAGAGCAUAAGAAAGAGAAAGCAAGUUUCAGUACAAAGAGAAGUACCCUUACUUUCACCGGAAGCAUUCUUGCUUACAUGUCUGGAAUUGAUUUAUCCCUAAAUAAACUGAAAGGAAAUAUUCCACAUGAGCUUGGAAACUUGACAAGAAUUCGAGCAUUGAACUUGUCUCAUAAUGAUUUGACUGGACAAAUUCCAAAUUCUUUCUCAAAUUUGAAGCAAACAGAGAGUUUAGAUCUUUCUUUUAACAAGUUGAGUGGCCAAAUUCCUCCUGAGCUCAGUGUCCUAACCUCACUUGAAGUAUUAAGUGUGGCACAUAACAACUUAUCAGGCCCAAUACCUAAACAGACAAACCAAUUUGCCACAUUUGAUGAAAGUAGCUACGAGGGUAACCCAUUCCUUUGUGGACCUCCACUACUAAAGAGCUGCAAUCCAUCUUCUACAAUUUUUCCAAAGAACUUAAGUAUUGAUAAAGACAAUAAUAGUUUGGUGGACAUGUAUGUCUUUUGUGUGAGCUUUGUUGUAUCAUACACAUUAGCAUUGUUAGCAACCAUUGGAGCUUUAUACAUCAAUCCUUACUGGAGGCAAGCAUGGUUUUACAACAUGGAAUUGGUCAGUUUAAAUUGUUAUUACUUUAUUGUGGACAAUUUUUGUAGGUUUUGUAAUGUGAGGAAUAUGUAGCAUGAACCUUGUAUUCCUAGGAUAUCUAUUUCAAAGUUAUUCAAUAAAGUAAAUCAUGCCAUUAUUUCUAA